UAAACAGAGAGUUAUGUGAUGAUCUGGAGCCUCUGGAGUCUGCUGAGUAGGGGGACGGCAGCCCUUUGCCAGCUGAACCCAUCGGAGAGAGGGACAGCCAAGGCAAGUGGCCCAUCAACGGCUCUUGGAGUGGUCACCAGGGAUGAGGGCCUGCCCAGAAUGGUGGGGCCGUGUGGGAGAGAUGUAAUGGAGGAGGAAGAAAGCGAAGAGGAGCCCAAGCUCAGGUACGAGCGGCUCUCCAAUGGGGUGACGGAGAUUCUGCAGAAGGACGCCGCCAGCUGCCUGACAGUGCACGAGAAGUUUUUGGCACUGGGCACACACUAUGGCAAGGUUUAUUUGCUUGACGUCCAAGGAAAUAUCACUCAAAAGUUUGACAUUAGUCCUGUGAAGAUAAAUCAGAUUAGCCUGGAUGAAAGUGGAGAACACAUGGGUGUGUGCUCGGAGGAUGGCAAGGUGCAAGUGUUUGGACUGUAUUCCGGGGAAGAAUUUCAUGAGACUUUUGACUGUCCUAUUAAAAUUGUUGCCGUUCACCCCCAGUUUUUGAGGUCCCAUAACAAGCAGUUUGUGACUGGAGGGAAGAAGCUGGUGUUGUUUGAGCGAUCCUGGAUGAGCAGAUGGAAGUCUUCGGUUCUGCAUGAAGGAGAAGGAAACAUAAGAAACGUGAAGUGGCGGGGAAACCUGAUCGCUUGGGCCAAUAACAUGGGUGUGAAGAUCCUGGACGUGAUUUCGAAGCAGAGAAUCACUAACGUACCUCGAGACGACAUCAGCCUUCGCCCCGACAUGUACCCUUGCAGCCUCUGCUGGAAGGACGAUGUCACGCUCAUCAUCGGCUGGGGCUCCUCCAUCAAGGUCUGUUCGGUGAAGGAACGGCACGCCAGUGAAAUGCGUGACUUACCAAACCGUUACGUCGAAAUAGUGUCUCAGUUUGACAUGGAGUUCUACAUCAGCGGGCUUGCUCCUCUCUGUGACCAGCUUGUGGUGCUUUCGUAUGUCAAGGAGACCUCAGACAAAAUGGAGAGGGAAUACUGUGCCCGGCCAAGACUGGACAUUAUCCAGCCGCUUCCGGAGACCUGCGAAGAGAUCUCCUCCGAUGCCCUCACAGUGAGAGGCUUUCAGGAGAAUGAAUGCAGAGACUACCACCUGGAGUACUCCGAAGGUGAAUCGCUCUUCUAUAUUGUCAGUCCCAGAGAUGUCGUCGUGGCUAAGGAGCGGGACCAAGACGAUCACAUCGACUGGCUCCUUGAAAAGAAAAAAUACGAAGAAGCUUUGAUGGCUGCUGAAAUUAGCCAAAGGAAUAUUAAAAGGCACAAGAUUCUGGAUAUCGGUCUGGCCUACAUAAGUCACCUGGUGGAGAAGGGAGAGCAUGACAUGGCAGCCCGCAAAUGUCAGAAAGUUCUUGGGAAAAAUGCAGCUCUCUGGGAAUAUGAAGUUUACAAAUUUAAAGAAAUCGGACAGCUUAAGGCGAUCAGCCCGUAUUUGCCAAGGGGGGAUCCCAUUCUGAAGCCUCUCAUCUACGAAAUGAUCCUGCACGAGUUUUUGGAGAGUGAUUAUGAGGGCUUUGCCACGCUGAUCCGGGAGUGGCCCGGGGACCUCUACAACAACUCGGUCAUCGUGCAGGCCGUUCGGGACCACCUCAAGAAGGAGCCUCAGAACCGGACCCUGCUGCAGACGCUGGCUGAGCUGUACACGUACGACAAGAGCUACGGCCAGGCCCUGCAGAUCUACCUGACGCUGCGCCACAAGGACGUCUUCCAGCUGAUCCACAAGCACAACCUCUUCAGCUCCAUCCAGGACAAGAUCGUGCUGCUCAUGGACUUUGAUGCUGAGAAAGCCGUGGACAUGCUUCUCGACAACGAAGACAAGAUUUCGAUAAAAAAGGUUGUGGAGGAGCUGGAAAACAGGCCGGAGCUGCAGCACGUGUAUCUGCACAAGCUUUUCAAGAGGGACCAUCACAAGGGCCAGCGCUUCCACGAGAAGCAGAUCAGCCUUUAUGCCGAAUACGAUCGCCCCAACCUGCUGCCCUUUCUGCGAGACAGCACCCACUGCCCUCUGGAAAAGGCUCUUGAGAUCUGCCAGCAGAGAAACUUUGUGGAAGAGACCGUCUACCUGCUGAGCCGCAUGGGCAACAGUCGGAGCGCCCUGAAGAUGAUCAUGGAGGAGCUGCACGACGUGGACAAGGCCAUCGACUUUGCCAAGGAGCACGACGACGCCGAGCUGUGGGAGGACCUGAUUCUGUACUCCAUCGACAAGCCGCCGUUCAUUACCGGCCUCUUAAACAACAUCGGCACCCACGUGGACCCAAUUCUCCUCAUUCACCGAAUUAAGGAAGGAAUGGAGAUUCCCAACCUGAGAGACUCGCUGGUAAAAAUCCUGCAGGACUACAACCUCCAGAUUCUCCUUCGUGAAGGCUGCAAGAAGAUCCUGGUGGCAGACUCUUUGUCCCUCCUAAAGAAAAUGCACCGCUCCCAGAUGAAAGGCAUCCUGGUUGAUGAAGAAAACAUCUGUGAGUCGUGUCUCUCCCCUGUGCUUCCUGGAGAUGCAGCAAAGCCCUUCAGUGCUGUCGUCUUCCACUGUCGGCACAUGUUCCACAAAGAGUGUCUGCCCGUCCCCAGCAUGAAUUCUGCUGGACAAUUCUGUAACAUCUGCAGUGCUAAGAACCGGGGCCCAGGAAGCACAAUCUUGGAGAUGAAAAAGUAGCUGGCUUUUCCCCACAAGCCCCAGGGCCUCCCUGUCCCUUUUCACCUUCUCUUUUUGCAACAACAAAAGCUUUUGGUCGAGAGAUUUAUAUCUAUUUAUGUUGUCUUCUGUCCCCUCCCUGCCUCCAGAAAAACAAAAACAAUUCCAAAUCCCAACCUCUGGGCUGAAGCUUUUUCUUUUUACUAUAAAAAAGACAGUUUGUCUCAUACAUUUGGUUUCACAGGACAUAUCUCAUCAUUGAUGCCCUUGGUACAACCUUUAUUCACUAAUGAAAGCAAAAGCCAAAGAGGAAGACUGAAUUCUUAACCAUCUGAUAAAACUCCCGAGCAGUAAGUGGCCAUCCCUGACCUCUGUGUCCACACAGAGAGAGCCCUGUGGUGAGUCCUUCUGACCACACUGAUGUUUGAUGGAGCAAGAGCUUUUGAAAGUUGGGUAGCUCCACACACAGGCCCACUCUUCUCCCUCACAAACACACUUACACACACAUGCACACAUCACACACUCACAUACACAUUUCCACACUUGUCUUCCUAACACUUUAGGCUGUUGCUUCUCUGGAUCUUGGGGGAGGAUUUCAGCAGAUAUGGCUGAAAAAUACGUCCCAUUCCCCCUACCCCCCCAAUCAGGCUGCUGAUGAACACAUCCAGAUUUAAGCAGGGCUGAGGCUGACAGCCCUGCCGGCCACCAUCAGUCCAUCUUCAUGGUUUUUCCCAGUUGGGAGGCCCUGGAGGACAGAUGGUGGCAGUGGCCCCCAUACACAGGUGACAGAUAUCCAGACACAACCUCAUUUCUCCAGCAUUUGACAGUGCAUAAAUUCCAGAAUCGCCCCAGAAAAGUGGUUGUUCAGGUGCCACCCUACCCCCAGGUCUCACAGCUUAACUCAGCACCUUCUUAGGAGGUGAGGAGUGUAAGGUGUGUCCCCAUUCUACAAGGGAGAACACUAUACCCUUGGGAAAUGGUGGGAUUGGGACCUAACCCCUCAUGCUCUGAGCCACGCGCCUCCCUUUAGAGAGGUCAGGGGCUUCCGAGGACCUGGGCUAGCAGACCUGGAGACCUUGAGGUUCUGCCCUGUUCCAUGUUGCCAUAUUGGCUUUUUGGUGGAUUUGCUUGUUUCCAAAUGUGCCUCGCUGA